AUGGAAAUCGAUGUUCUGGGCGGAUCACAAACGAGCGCCACCCAGAGGUCGGUGACCUCAACCCGAAAGUAUAAUACGCUCGUCCGCCGAGAACGGACGAAUGUCACCUGCGGAUAUGACAGUCAAGCAGUAACUCAUCCCAAACUCAAUAAUAGUGAUCUUCGUAUUGAAGUGCAUUCAACCAGGUGCUCAGACCUCUCAUCUAGGGUUGGCGAAACCGCCAUAACAGCCCUUGCAUGCUUUCACAAAAGUGGAAACACGAUUGACAGCAAGGAUCUCCGCUCAGCCCCCUUCGGCGUCCUUCUAGAAGGUCUGGAGGUUCAGCACCCUGCCGAAUAA